AUGUGGAACAAAUUACUCUUACUAGCAAUAUGCAUAUUGAAAUUACACGCGGAAUUCGAUAAUGCAAUCGUUGGGGACCCGAGUGUUGAAUGUGGUGAUGACUUCUUCGAAGUCAAAUUUGAUACGAGAUCAAUAUUUAAUGGCAUCGCUUUUGUUCAAAGCCAUUUGGAUAAUCCAAGUUGUCGAACAUUUGUGUCGAAAAAUCGUGCCGAGAAAAAUACGAGCCUUCGAUUGACAUUUGAUGAGUGCGCCGUGGAAAAAAGAUUCUCGAGCUCGCCGCGCGGAUUGUUCAUUUCAACGAAUAUUGUCGUCGCGUUUAAUCCGGACUUUUUAACGAAAAAUGAUCGUGUGUUCAAGGUGCAAUGCUUCUACAUGGAAAUGGAGCGAAGAAUACAGAAGGAGAUUCAAAUAUCCAUGCCUCCUCCAACAAUGCAUUCGAAGCAGCUUAACAUGCCGGUAUGCAAAUACGAGGUCCUAGAUGGCUCUCCAACAGGUCCGCCUGUUUAUUUUGCAACCGUCGGACAAAUGGUGUAUCACAAAUGGACAUGCGAGACUGAACAUGAAAACACAUUCUGUAUGCUCGUACAUUCGUGCUUCGUCGAUGAUGGCAAUGGGCAAAGGGUUCAGCUAUUGAAUGAGAAAGGGUGUGCUCUUGACAAAUAUCUGCUCACCAAUCUCGAAUAUCCAACUGAUUUGAUGGCAGGAAGAGAAGCACACGUUUACAAAUAUGCCGAUCGAGAUAACAUGUAUUUUGACUGCCAAAUACAGAUCACUGUUAAAGAGCCCGGAAUUGAUUACUGUGAUGUUCCGUCUUGUCCCGAUCCGCCGAGAAGAAGACGAUCGAAUGAGCAGCAGCUGGCAUAUAAUGAUAAUAAUACCUUGGAUUAUGAAGAUCUUGAUGAAAUCAGCAACUACGUGAUCCCACGCGAUGACAUCAUCUCUCUCAAUUGGCUCGAGCGAAAUUUUGAUAUGAAAAUUGAUGACGUCUGUAUGACCGCAUUAGGUACAACUCUUCUCGUCUUUCUGAAUUCUUCACUCAUCUUCAUCUCCAUAUUUUUCAUCGCUUACUCUUGCUGUAACCGAAGCAAGGACAAGAUGAAGUCAACGAUGCUCUAA